GGGGAGGGGGCGCUUCCGGGGCCCUCCAGGCGCGUGGGCGCUGGAGGGAAGCGAUCGUUUCGUUUGGCGCCCCGGGGGGGGCCGAAUCCCUUCCGGGGAACGGAGGGCCUCGUGGAGGUCACCCCGCCCCCCCCCCCCCCCCCGGCGAGGAAGGGAGAUGAGGAAACUGAGGCACAGAGAAGUUAAGAGAUUUGCUCAAGGUCACAGAGCAGUCAAGUGGUGGACCCAGGAUUAAAACCAAAAGUGUAUGCAUCCUUCAGCUGGGAGAGCGCUGUGCCCAGCGAGUCAAGCAAGCCCCCCGUGGGUAGCCAUUACUCUCGUCGGUUCGCGAGACGGCUCCCCCCUUUUUUAACUGGCUAAGCAUGGAACAUGAGGACGACGAUGAUGUUUGCUUUGCCAAAUGGAUGAGCAGCUUCUGGGGCCACAGCUGGAUGGAUGAGCGAGAAGGGCGAGCCCAACGGAGACGCCGCUCCCAAAGCCUCAGUGACAGAAGGGCCUCUCUCCCCUCCCCGGCCCAGCUUUCCGUCCUCCACACGCCCAGGCUCCCGGGAUCCUCCAGAGCCCCAUCUUCUGGCCAGCUCCGACGGCACUCUCAGGAGGAUCAAGAAUUCCGGAGCUACCAUCCUGGGAAAACCUGCAAAACCCGGGAGCCACAGGGAUACGAUGGCCGAUCCCAUUCCAUCCAGGAAUUUUCAGAGUCCUUUGAGCAGCAGCUCUGCGUCAGAGCCAAGCGAUCUGUCUCUCUGGAACCCGAAGGCGGGAAGGCGAGGAAGGAGAGAGAAGGGCUGAGGACCAAGACGAGAUCGCACAAGAGAGUCGGGGAAAGGAAGGGAUCCAAGAAAGAGGAGGGAGAGGCCAGCGUGGUCUUCCCAGCCAAAAAGAGUGAUGAAGAGCUCAGCAGCUGUAUGGACCGGGUGGAACUGUGUUAGUGCAGAGUGGAAUCAGGUCAUGUUCAAUGUGGGAAGCAGGAUGAAGGGGUCCCUGGCUCCUCUCCUCUAAAACCGGCAUUCGGCAUUUUUGCAAUCCCCUUAACAUCUUAGUUGAACGAAUGUCAUUUCCUUCACGGUUCUUUUCAUGGAAGACAGGGUAGAGCAAUCCUGGAAAAGCAAACUAGAUACAUAAAAGACUUACGAAUACCUCUCCCCUCCCCUUUAAUCCUGAAUAAAACUCAUUUGUAUGACAC